UCACAACCCAAGAUUACCUGCGACAAAAUACACGCUCGUUGUCUGACGGAGUUGUGGCUUCGAAUAUCGUGUGUUCGGGUAUCUAUGCAAAGGUGCUUGCAGGAAUUUAAAGAGAAGUUUUUUACCUGUUAAUGGAUGGCUGGAACUGAUGUGAAUCCCCUGUCUUCGAGUGCUGACUUCCUGCACAGGACCCGGCCCAUCAUUAAUACCAAAACCACGUACACCUCCAUGAACGAGUGGAGAGACAUGGUCCACGAGGGGGGCGUGGCACAUCCGGGCGUUCCUCACACCCUCACAGAUGCCAGAUGGAGUCAGCUGAAAGAUAUCGACUCCGAGAGACGCAAGGAUAUGGGACAAAAAGCCCAGAUGGAGUUCAGACGCGCCUACACUGACCUCACUUCAAAAAUAGCCUACAUUCACCCCAACCCCGGUCUGCCCAGAACGCGACAGGGUCGUAUUGGAGGAACAUGGCGUCAUAUCAAAGAGGUCCUCGGUCACAGUGGCAACAGGACGGUGUUUGUGGAUGGUCUGGUGGGUGUAUACGACAACGAGUUUAACAAUUCUCUUCAGGCAGAGAUUCCUCAUCGACCACAUCUCGCAAACCCUUGCUAUGCCCCGCUCUCGAGAGAUUUGGAUAGCUACCACCAGAGGGACCUCAGCACAAUGCAGAGAUCGGGAUACGUACCGUCGUUCGGGCAAACAUUGCCGAGUUUGCCGAGAGUAGGGAGGGUAUCCAGCGCAGACCCAGAUGUGCUGAGGAAGAUGAGUCUGCAGAGCGAGCACAAAUACAAGGGAGUGUAUAACUACAAAUAAUGUAAUAUUGGUUGUUAUCCACUGGAGCAAUGUUAUUGAUGUUGUAUUAUGUGAAAAUGAAAUGAAAUUACUUUUUAUGAUUUAUCGAAAUUGUAAAUGUCGAAAUGAUAGGGUUCAGCGUUGAUCAUAGAUUGCCAUCUUCAGUUUCAUUUUCGUGUUUGUUAAGCUCACUGAAACAAGUCGUAUUUGGGAAUUUUUCACCCCUAAAUCUUCAGUUUCGUUACAUCCGAUACACAUUUAACUGUAGCCAUGGACAUUACUCAGAGGCUGGAAACCUUUCGUGUCUACCAUCUCAUUGGAGUAACCGUUCAGCAUAAGGCACUGUAGGGCAUUUAUGUGGUACUUGUUUAGGACAAAAGCGCGAAAAUGUAACACUUGUUGCAGCACAUGUCUGUUUUGUAAAGUCAUUAUUCCAAGCUGUGAUAAUUUAACCACUCAUGCAAGUCUUUCAUUCAAAUGAACAAUAGAUGGUUGAUAGAGAAACAUAUGCAUUGAACUUUUACGAAACAGUAUUAUUUAUGUAUUUCUUGAAACAGUAUUAUGUUUUGUUUAUAGUUGUGUUUCUUCAAUGUGUACAUUCUAUAUAUAUAUUAUGUUUGAUUCGGGUCGAAUGGUACGUGAUGUUUCAAAGUCACAUUCAGGUUCGUGUUUUAUGCGAGUAUAUUUGUGAAAUAAACCCAAGACAACCGUAA